AUGGAUGUAUCGCUGUUAUCAUCGUUGAGGAGUAAAUGCCCUCAGAACACGACAGCGGAUCCUACUGCCAACUUGGAUCAAAACCCUUUUAGCUCUGCAGUUGUGGACAAAUCUUUCUACAGUCAAAUUAUUAUGGGUAGAGGAGUUCUUCAAUUUGAUCAAGAUUUGGCAUCAGAUCGCCUCAGCAAGUCCACGGUUGCAGCCAUUGCGCGCUCCUCCGAUUUCAACGCCCGGUUUGGUCAGGCCAUGGUUAAGUUGGGUGCCACCCAAGUUCUUACAGGGAAACAAGGGCAGAUCAGGAAAUCAUGCCGAGCAGUCAACCUGCCAACUUCAACUUCUUUUUUUAAUUGA